UAAGAGUCCCUGUUGUUCCAUACCCUCAGCAACAUUUGAUGUGGUUUCAUGAUUGGCCAGGAUUGUUUGGACAGAAUUUGGAUGCAUAUCAAGAUGUUCUGAAGUACAGCAGCAACCCUUUGAGGGAUGGCCACUUCAACACCAUGACCAAAGACAAAGACUCUACUGUCAGAAGCUUUCAUUUUGUUUACAUCAUGACUUUAAUAUUUGUAACCAUAAUCCAGUUCUCUGAUGAAAGCGAAUUUGUGGUAGACAUGUCAAAACUAGGCCUUACUCAUGUUCCAAAAGACCUGCCACCAGAAACCAAAGUCUUAGAUUUGUCUCAAAACAACAUAUCAGAGCUUCACCUCUCUGACGUCAGCUUUCUCUCAGGGCUGAAAGUUUUGAGGCUUUCUCGUAAUAGAAUUCAGUGCCUUGAUGUUAGUAUUUUCAAGUUCAACCAGGAUUUGGAAUAUUUGGAUUUAUCUCACAAUCGCUUGCAGAAGGUGUCCUGCCAUCCCAUCAUGAGUCUCAAGCAUUUAGACCUCUCAUUCAAUGACUUUGAUGCCCUGCCCAUCUGCAAGGAAUUUGGCAACUUGACUCAACUGAAUUUCUUGGGAUUAAGUGCUACAAAGUUCCAACAAUUAGAUCUACUGCCAAUUGCUCACUUGCAUCUAAGUUGCAUCCUUCUGGAUUUGGAAGGUUAUUAUGUGAAAGAAAAUGAGAAAGAAAGUCUUCAAAUUCUGAAUACAGAGGAACUUCACCUUGUUUUUCACCCAAAUAACUUCUUCUCUGUCCAAGUGAACAUAUCAGUUAAUAGUUUAAGGUGCUUACAACUGACUAAUAUUAAAUUGAAUGAUGACAACUGUCAAGUUUUACUUAAAUUUUUGACAGAACUCACUAGAGGGCCAAACUUACUGAACUUUACCCUCAACCACAUAGAAACAACUUGGAAAUGUUUGAUUAGAGCUUUUCAAUUCCUUUGGCCCAAACCAAUAGAAUAUCUCAAUAUUUACAAUUUGACAAUAGUUGAAAGCAUUGAUGAAGAAGACUUUACUUAUCAAAAAACAACAUUGAAAGCAUUGAAAAUGGAACAUGUUAUAAACAGAGUUUUUCUUUUUUCACAGACAGCAUUAUACACAGUGUUUUCUGAGAUGAACAUUAUGAUGUUAACCAUAUCAGACACAUUUUUUGUACAUAUGCUUUGUCCGCAAGUACCAAGCACAUUUAAGUUUUUAAACUUUACUCAGAAUGUUUUCACAGAUAGUGUUUUUCAAAAUUGCAACACUUUAGCUAGAUUGGAGACACUUAUCUUACAAAAGAAUAAAUUAAAAGACCUUUUCAAAGUAGGUCUCAUGACUAAGGAUAUGCUAUCUUUGGAAAUACUGGAUGUUAGCUGGAAUUCUUUGGAAUAUGAUAGACAUGAUGGAAACUGCAUUUGGGUUGGGAGUAUAGUGGUGUUAGAUUUGUCUUCAAAUAUACUUUCUGACUCUGUUUUCAGAUGUUUACCUCCCAGGGUCAAGGUUCUUGAUCUUCACAAUAACAGAAUAAGGAGCAUCCCUAAAGAUGUCACCAGUCUAGAAGCUUUGCAAGAGCUCAAUGUUGCUUUCAAUUUUUUAGUCCACCUUCCUGGAUGUGGUACCUUUAGCAGCCUUUCUGUACUGAUCAUUGAUUAUAAUUCAGUUUCCAACCCAUCAGCUGAUUUCUUCCAGAGCUGCCAGAAGAUUAGGUCCCUAAAAGCAGGGAACAAUCCAUUCCAAUGUACAUGUGAGCUAAGAGACUUUAUCCAGGGUAUAGGCCAAGUACCAAGUGAAGUGGUAGAGGACUGGCCUGAUUCUUAUAAGUGUGACUAUCCAGAAAGCUAUAAGGGAACCCCACUAAAGGACUUCCACGUAUCUCAAUUAUCCUGCAACACAGCUCUGCUGAUUGUCACCAUUGGGGUCACUGGGCUGCUGGUGGCUGUUACCGUGACCGUCCUCUGUAUCUACUUGGAUCUUCCCUGGUAUCUCAGGAUGCUGUGUCAGUGGACCCAGACCCGGCACAGGGCUAGGAAUGUACCCUUAGCAGAACUCCAAAGAACUCUCCAGUUCCAUGCUUUUAUUUCAUACAGUGAACAUGAUUCUGCCUGGGUGAAGAAUGAACUGGUACCUUGCCUAGAAAAAGAAGAUAUAAAGAUUUGUCUUCAUGAGAGGAAUUUUGUUCCCGGCAAGAGCAUCGUGGAAAAUAUCAUAAACUGUAUUGAGAAAAGUUACAAGUCCAUCUUUGUUUUGUCUCCCAACUUUGUUCAGAGUGAGUGGUGCCAUUAUGAACUCUACUUCGCCCACCACAACCUCUUCCAUGAAGGAUCCAAUAACUUAAUCCUGAUCUUGCUAGAACCCAUUCCACAGAACAGCAUUCCUGGCAAGUAUCACAAGCUGAGGGCUCUCAUGGCACAGCGGACUUACUUAGAAUGGCCCAAGGAGAAGAGCAAACAUGGACUUUUUUGGGCUAAUAUUAGAGCUGCUUUUAAUAUGAAAUUAACACUGAUCACCAAAAAUGAUGAUGUACCAACUUAAUGAAAAAAAAAACCAGAAAAUUCAACUUAAGAAACUCUCAUUAACUUGGAUUCUGAUGAACAUGGUGGUUUUAAGUUAUUUUCAGAUGAUGACUCCGUUAUCUCCAUGCAUUCAUGGAAGACCUAAAAAUUAAACCAGGCUGAGGGCUGAGGUGGUGCUCAGACUUGCCAGUUACAGGGAGCUCAGUCUCUUCUGGUUGAACCAUUCCAUUUCAAAUUGAAGCAGUCUCUUCUGAGUAAAUGCUCAGUCAUUCAAGGACCUUCCUUUUCUCUUCUCCUUUCCCAAAUGGAUUUUGUGUGAGCAGGAGUUUAUGGGACCUCAUGGCAGCAAGGAAAGGGUCUACCUCAGAACUGUAUGCAAUGGUGCUUGGGCUGUUCUGUGGAUCCUCACUUGCCUCUGGAUGGGUUCUGUCAUCCUACUCAAUUUUGGGACUUGGGAAAAAAUUAGAGCAGUUAUAGAAAAUAAAGACUUUUUUUCA